UCACCAGCAGCAGCAUUCGCCAGUCGCCUGCUUUUGUGUCUCCUCCGCGGCGGACCCUCAGCGCGAAAAGAGAAAGUGGCCAGAAACGCACGCACGCACACCCGUGGUGUCCUCUCCUGGUCAGGCGACAUUGUGGGAGGAGGAGGAAAAUCUGAAGGCGAGAAAGAAAAAAAACGAAGAGAUUUUCUGGUUUUUGCCAACGCAAAAUAAAAUAAAAAAAGUGAAUGUUGCAAAACCUGUGCGUGUUCCGAGGGUGGUGGUGAGUUGGCCACUGCGUGGUGUGUGUUGUGUGACGGGUUCCUUGUUCCGUCGACGUCUGUCACGCUCAAAAUUUGUCCAAGUCAUUGGACCCGAUCGAUCGGUGCUGGGAGGGAGAAGGAGGAGUAAGGCGUGGAACUUCCCCCCCCGCUGGGAGUGAGAGAGAUAGAGAGGGGUCACACACUGAUAAGACCGCGAUAAUGCGUGAAGGUUCGACCUAAGUGUCGGAAGAUCUGGAUUUGGGAACGGCGAAGACGACGACGACGACGACGAGAAGGCGGAUAACUUGAGGGUUGAGACGCAGUUGCGCGCAGGCUUCCGAGCUGGGUGAGAUAAAUCUAGGUCAGCUGCUGCCAGUUUUGUUAGCGCUGUUUGCCAACUUGGAGGAAGCUAGCAGAAUUUGGGCCAAGAUCCGGAAGAGGAUGGACGGCAGUAGUAUUGGGAGUGGGGGCGGUGGAGGUGGCGCCGGAACGAGUGACAACGGGUCGACGGCGGGCGCUUCCGGCAGUGGCCGCGGCAUUUCGCUUCGGGACAGCGACGACAGCAACAGCGAUGACAAUGCCGCCCACGGUUCCAACGGGCAGCAGCAGCGAACAAUGACACUGAUGUCGCCGGCCGGAGGACGCAAGAAGAGUUGGUCCGAGCUGAAGACGAUCGUCAACGAGAUGCGCCGCCAGAUGUCCUCGCUGUCCAGCAUGUUCCCGAUGAACGUAAAUUUCCGCACGCUGUCCGAUGGACGUACGCGGGUCUACUUCCUUAGUCCACCUCCUGCCAACGGGUGGGACACGGUCCUGUUCUACGCCGACGUUCCCGCCAGUGACACCGACAACCGAGCCCCGAACCGGCUCGAGUGGCACCCCGUGCUGGAACCGAUCGUGUCCCCCCUCUCCAUCAGCAACUCGCGCGAGGUCCAGCUCCUGCUCGAGCGCAAACGCCUCUCCAUCUGGGGCAUCACCUCGUACGAACUACACAAAUCCAGCGGCAAGAUCGUGUUCCCCGCAUGCAACACGCUCUACCAAUGCCUCGACACCGGGUACGGCGAGGGAACGCUCUUCGCCACCGAACUCCGCAUCUUCCAACGCUCGGCUGCCAUCGAUCCGCAAAUCUGCCCCCAAAACUCGGACCUCGUCGCGUACGUCUGCAACGGCGACAUCUGGGUCAUCCACACGCUCAGCGGCCACAGCGAACGACUCACGUACGCCCACGACGGACGGCGCUCGUUCUCCGAGGACCCCCUCACAGCCGGCGUCCCCUCGUACGUCAUGCAGGAAGAGUUCAGCCGCUACCAGGGCUUCUGGUGGCAACCGGCCAGCGCCGACGAAAUCUACCGGAUAGUGUACGAAGAGGUGGACGAAAGCGACGUCAGUCUGUACACCUUCCCGUCGUCGCAGUCCGUCGGUGGGGACUACGAGGAGUACCGGUUCCCGCGCGCUGGUUCCGCCAACGCCAAGUCCAAGCUCAAGCUCGUUCAGUUCCGGCUGUCGGAGUCGCUCAAGAUCACCGACGCGUGCAUCCGGGAGCUGCAGUGUCCGCUGACGUACGCGUUCCCGUGGGCCGAGUACGUGGUGCGCGUCGGGUGGACGCCGGACUCGAAGUACGUUUGGGCCCAACUGGUGAACCGCAUCCAGCAACGCCUCGACCUGGUCCUGAUCCCGCUGGACAACUUUUGCGAGUUGUACAGCAGCUCAUCGCCGUCACCCGGUAAUGCCGGAGCUGGCAGCACCGGCACGACAAGCUCAAGCACCCACAACAACAGCAAACCCGAAUCAUCCAACGAGUACUGGAAGUCGUCGACGUCGGUGACCUGCCGCCCGAUGCAGGUCAUCUACAGCGAGACGUCCCCGAACUGGGUCAACGUGAACGACAUCCUGCACUUUCUCGAACUCACCGACAACGGAGUGACGUUCCUCUGGGCCUCGGAGGAAACCGGCUUCCGGCAUCUGUACUUGGUCACGUCUAGUCUAGCGGCCGCUGCGUCGAACGGCGGUAGCAGUAGGAACCACAAUCAUCAUCAUAACCACAGCAACAAUACUGUCGACAAUAGUAGCAAUCACUCGUCCGCGAUGGACACCAGCAAUCAUCACUAUCACCAUCAUCACCACAGUCACAGCUUGGACGGGGCGUGCGGGACGCUCGUGCCGCGGAUCGUCAACAAGGUCGCCCUAACAUCCGGCGAGUGGGAGGUGCUCGGCCGUAACGUCUGGGUCGACAAGAAGCGCCAGCUGGUCUACUUCAUGGGGCUGCGCCAGACGCCGCUCGAGAAGCACCUGUACGCGGUCAGUCUGCUCAAGCCCAACUGGCUGCGGCUGCUGACCGUGCCCGGCUAUUCGUUCACCAUCGAGUUCAACGAUGAUUGCACGAUGUUCCUGCAGACGUACUGCAACAUCCAGACGACGCCGUCCUGGGAGCUGGUGCGGCUGAAGCAGACCUGCCCGAGCGGUAGCGUGUCGGGGCUGGAACUGAUCUCGAUGGGGUACCUGUUCGAGGGUGGCCCCUCGGAAAAUACUCAAUACAACCCGACCAUCUACAGCCCGCAGCUGGCGUCCGGCGAGACGAUCUACGCGAUGGUGUUCAAGCCGCACAACUUUACGCUCGGCGUCAAGUACCCGACGGUGCUGAACGUGUACGGCGGCCCGGAGGUCCAGACGGUCAGCAAUACGUUCAAGGGCAUGCGCCAGCUGCGGAUGCACAUGCUGGCCGCCCAGGGCUACUGCGUGGUGUGCGUGGAUUCGCGUGGCUCGCGCCAUCGGGGCGUCCAGUUCGAGAGUCACAUCCGCUGCCGGAUGGGAACGGUCGAGCUGGCGGAUCAGGUCGAGGUGCUGCGCAAGCUGGCGGACCAGCUGGGCUACAUCGAUAUGGAGCGGGUGGCGAUUCACGGGUGGUCGUACGGAGGCUACCUCAGUCUGAUGGGCCUGGUGCAGCAUCCGGACAUCUUCAAGCUGUCGAUUGCGGGCGCGCCGGUCACGAGCUGGGAGUAUUACGACACGGGGUACACCGAGCGGUACAUGGAUCUUCCCGACAAUAAUCGGUCCGGCUACACGGCCGGAUCGGUGCUCAACUACAUCCACAAGUUUCCGGACGAGGACAACCGGUUGCUCAUCAUCCACGGACUGAUCGACGAGAACGUCCACUUCUUCCACACAUCACAGCUCGUGAACGGGCUGAUCAAGGCCAACAAGCCGUACCAGCUGCAGGUCUACCCGAACGAGCGCCACUCGCUGCGCAACCUGGAGGCGAGCAAGCACUACGAAACCAAGCUUCUGUCCUUUCUCCAGAACCACCUGUGAGUGUCCUCCUCCUCCUUCUCCUCCUCCCACCUCUACCUCGCCUCCUUCAAUUUCUCGGACCGCAGCUUUACCCCCUCUCGAAACGUAUUUAGAGCAAGUUCCGCCGUUAAUGUCGAUGUUGCUGGAUUGUUUCCGAUUAAACGAAACGAAACGCGCUUCUUUUAUUCAGUCUGUGUGUGCGUGUAUGCGUGUGUACUACUACUACUACUACUACAAACAAACCUGUCUAGGGAAGAAUCCCCCGCGAAACAAGAGUCACUAAUUUUACGAAUCGUGUUUUUCACAAUUGCGCCAAGUCAUCCGGAAGUAGGUACCUACUACGUCAGUGGGCACCAGCAGUAGUAUUGCGAAGAAUACUUAUACAUAUUCAAGGAGGAAGAAGAAAAAGAGCAAUUUUUGGCAAUAAGUUACUGUGUGUUUCCAUUCGUUUUCCUUUUCUUUCUUCGUAGAUUUUGUUUCGAUAGCCCCUAAGUCUCAUCACAAACGUGUCACAAAACUCACUCACACAUUUAAUCGUUUUCACACGCGCGUGAACAUUAGUUAGAGAAAGGCAGCGGCAUGUAAUAUCAUUAAUAUUAGUAGCGUAAUGAAAGCAAUUGAAAUCAAUCAUUUUCAGUAGCACCAACGGAAUGUUUGUUUGUUAUUUUUACCUGACGGUUUUAGCAUUUUAUUUUGUUAAAAUGAUGCAACACAGAGAGGAAAAGUUUUGAAAAUUAAAGUUUAUAAACGAAAAAAAAAACAAUAUUUGCUGUUGAGUAAUUUCUUUAAAUCAAAGCUUUUCUAUAAGGUGGAGAAAUGUGACACCACACAAAAUAAAAAAUAAACGCAAGCUGGGCUUCGAUGCUGAAGAGCGUGAACUCGUACUCGUAGUAAUGUAGAGAAUCAUAUAAAAAAAGAAGAAGCAACAACAGAGUGAAGUAAUAUAUUUAUUGUGCACAAACAACACCAUCUAUAUACGCUGAAA